UUAUAAAAACCAAAGCCCACCAUCUUUUUCUACUAACCUAUUCACAUUUCACACCAACCAAAACAAUUAUAACAUUUAAAACCCUUUUUCUUCUCAGAUCCAAAAAAAUAAAAAUCUCUUCUUUUCAAUUUCAUCCAAAACCAAAACUAUGGUCUCAAAAACACUUCUUAUUAUUAUUACUACACUCUUUCUGGGUUUUUCUUCUCAUAUAUUGCUCUUCUCAGAUUCAAUUCCAAUCACAAGGAGUCUCUCUUUAAAUAAAUUUACAAAUUUGGGUGAACACAAAGUACCAAUGGAAAAGAAUUUGUUGGGAGAGGAAGUGUUUGGUUUGGAAGAAAAUGAAGGAAAAUUUUUGAUACAAGAAGGUAGGAUGGAUUUGGAAACUACUCUUGAUUAUCCAGGAACUGGAGCCAACAAAAAUCAUGAUCCAAAACCACCUGGAACUGCUUAAAUAAUAUAUUGUCGUUUUGGGCUUUUUGUGUCGUUUUUUCAUAUAUCUGUUUUUUUAUUCUACUAGUGGGUUAGUAUUGUAAAAAAAUAAUAAUGAUAGUAAUAAUAUGUUUUUAUUUUUAGUUAAAA